UUUUGGGGAUUUAUAAUAUAUCAACGUUUUGGAACAAUGAGAGAUGAAAACUUCAAGAAAAACAAGGUUUCAUGGUCAAAAUCACUCAAGAAAUGGUUUAAUGUCAAGAACAAAGCUGAAGAAUUCCAUGCAGAUGAUUUCAGCUAUAAAGAGAGAUCAGGCAAGAAAUAUGUUGCCCAAGUGAGAGAUGUUAAUGAUUAUAGGAUCUUUGUAGCUACAUGGAAUGUGGCUGGAAAGUCACCAACAAGUUCUUUAAAUCUUGAAAAUUGGUUGCAUGCUUCGCCUCCUGCCGAUAUAUAUGUUCUUGGGUUUCAAGAAAUUGUCCCUUUAAAUGCUGGAAAUGUGCUGGGUACAGAAGACAAUGGCCCAGCUAAAAAGUGGUUAGCACUCAUUCGAAGAACACUAAACAGUCUUCCGGGGUCAAGCGGUGAUUCUAAUUUGGCAUUAAAUUCCAAUUGUGAAGAGUUAAAAACAGGAAAAAGCACAGCUUUUAUGAACCGACAAUCUUUUCAGUCGUUGAGUCGUAGCAUGAGGAUUUCAAAGAGUGACAGAGUGUUGACUCAGCCAAAACUCGAGCGCAGAUAUAGCACCUCAGACCGGAUGGUGUUCUGGAACCAGGCCAAUGAUUAUGAGCAGAAUCUUGGGUAUUCAGAUGAAGACGAUGGGCCAGAAAAUUUACCUGAUAGUAUAUAUGAACCAGAAACACCAUUUUGUGGAUCUUUGAGUGGUAAACAACGCAAGAACUCGCGGUACUGUUUGGUUGCGAGCAAGCAGAUGGUCGGGAUUUAUCUCACUAUAUGGGUAAAGAGUGAGCUUAGAGACGAUGUUCGGGACAUGAAAGUCUCGUGCGUUGGCAGAGGAUUGAUGGGUUAUCUUGGAAACAAGGGUUCGAUCUCAAUUAGCAUGUCAUUGCACCAAACAAGUUUUUGCUUCAUAUGUAGUCACUUGAAUUCUGGCCAAAAGGAAGGUGAUGAGCUGAGAAGAAAUGCCGAUGUGAUGGAAAUCCUGAGAAAAACGUGGUUUCCAAGGGUCCAAGGAAUGAGAGAUGAGAGAUCUCCUCAAACUAUUCUCGAGCAUGAUCGAAUAAUAUGGCUUGGUGACUUAAAUUACCGGAUUGCCUUGUCUUACCGAUCUGCAAAGGCUCUAGUUGAGGCACACAACUGGAGAGCUUUAUUGGAAAAUGACCAGCUCCGAAUUGAGCAAAGAAGUGGACGUGUAUUCGAAGGAUGGAAUGAAGGGAGGAUAUAUUUCCCUCCCACGUAUAAAUACUCAAAUAAUUCGGAUAGAUAUGCAUGCGACGAUCUGCACCCAAAAGAAAAGAAAAGAACUCCAGCAUGGUGUGACCGUAUAUUGUGGUAUGGUAGAGGCCUCCAUCAAAUGUCUUAUGUUCGUGGGGAGUCUCGAUUCUCUGAUCAUAGACCCGUAUAUAGUAUAUUCAUAGCAGAGGUUGAGUCUAUCAACCGCUGCAAAAUCAAGAGAAACUCAAUUUCUGCAAGGAUUGAGGUCGAAGAGCUAUUACCAAAUUUAUAAAGCUAUAGGUAUUUUAACAUUACUCAGAUCACAUUUUCAUGGGAGCAUGAAGGUUGACUGGUAUUAUGAUUGCAAGGUAUGGUUAAUUAGACAACUUUACCAUUUGUAAAUUGAUAGAUAUCUAGGACAUGAGGCUCAUAGAUGUAGUUUGUAGGGCCAAUAAGUCUUUUGGUAGGUUGAAAGGUUCAUGUUAUGUAAGUGAAUUGAGAGCUAACAAUUUUGCUAUAUAGAUUUGUACAUUGUCACUGAAAUUUGUACGAGUAGUUUUAAAGCAAUGCAGAAUCAAUUUUGCAUAUUUUGCUAUA